AGUCCAGGAUUUAUUACAGGUGGGAGUACGUAAAAAUUAAUGGCGAUAAACAUCGAAGUUUAAUCCAGGAAAUACUUGUUUUACCAACGUGCAGGUGAUAAAUUCUGAAUGGAAUAAUACCUCAGUUGAAUGGCGAAAUAACGUACACAACAUGACAGCGACGGAAUUAUAUACGAAGGGUGCCCGUAUCUGGCUGCCGGACCCAGAGCUGGUCUGGCGGGGUGCUGAGCUGCUUCAAGACUACAAGGGCGAGCCAUGUACGCUGCGUGUACAGUAUGAGGAGGCGGAGGCGCCAUCACAGAUCUCGAUGCAUUUGCAUCGUAAAAUAGAAAGGAAGGACACGGAGUCUGAGAUCCAGGUCAAGGACAAGACCAGUCUGCCCCACCUACGUAACCCUGAGAUCCUGAUUGGAGAGAAUGACCUGACAUCUCUCAGCUACCUCAAUGAACCAGAAGUCCUGUACAACUUGAAAGUCAGGUUUGCCGAACGAAACAUCAUCUAUACAUACUGUGGUAUUGUGCUGGUAGCCAUCAACCCCUAUGAGCAGUUGGACAUCUACAACAAUGACAUCAUUCAGGCUUACAGUGGACAGGAUAUGGGGGCCAUGGACCCCCACAUUUACGCAGUGGCAGAGGAGGCCUACAAACGCAUGUCCAGAUUUGAGCAGAACCAGUCCAUCAUUGUGAGUGGUGAGUCAGGUGCGGGGAAGACUGUGUCAGCCAAGUUUGCCAUGCGCUACUUUGCUAUGGUCGGGGGCUCCCAGGCCGAGACUCAGGUCGAGAAGAAAGUGCUGGCCUCCAAUCCAAUCAUGGAGGCUAUAGGUAAUGCGAAGACGACCCGAAACGACAACAGCAGUAGGUUUGGCAAGUACAUCGAGAUCAGCUUCAACCGGAGCAAUGAGAUCGUCGGGGCUCACAUGAGAACUUACCUGCUAGAGAAAUCCAGGGUGGUGUACCAAACGAAGGAUGAGCGUAACUAUCACGUCUUCUAUCAACUCUGUGCAUCCGCAGCACUUCCAGAGUUGAAGAAAUUUAGUUUAAUGGGUGCAGACAAGUUUUUUUACACCAGUCAGGGUAAGAACAUCUCCAUAGACGGUGUGGAUGAUGCUGAGGACUACCAGAGCCUGAAGGACGCCAUGAAACUGCUGGGAUUCCAGGAGAAAGACAUCGCCAUGAUCUUCCAGAUAUUUGCUGGCAUUCUUCACUUUGGAAAUGUGAAAAUCAACGCAAAGGAUGGAGAAAGUUCUGAAAUGGCUGAAGGUCAGGAUCAGGGAUGUUUUGUUCAUCCCAAGGACCCGUCUAUUGGGGUGGCGUGCCGCCUGUUUGGUGUGGACGAGAGUCAGAUGAGGACCUGGAUCUGUAACAAGAAGAUCACCACAGUGGGGGAGACACUCACCAAGCCUCUCACCAAGGCACAGGCGAUGUUUGCACAGGACGCCCUGUCCAAGUUUAUCUACUCAAAACUGUUUGACUGGAUUGUAACCCAGAUCAACAAGGCCUUACACAGUCAAACGAAGACUCACAGGUUCAUUGGGGUGCUGGAUAUAUAUGGAUUUGAGACCUUUCAGAAGAACAGUUUUGAGCAGUUCUGUAUCAACUAUGCCAACGAAAAACUACAGCAAAUAUUUAAUAUGCACGUGUUCAAGCUGGAGCAGGAGGAGUAUGUGAAGGAGGCAAUAGAAUGGUCGUUCAUUGAUUACUAUGACAACCAGCCAUGUAUUGACCUCAUUGAGGCCAAACUGGGCAUUCUAGAUCUCCUAGAUGAAGAGUGCAAGGUGCCGAACGGUUCUGACUCUAACUGGUGCCAGAAGUUGUAUGGCAAGCACAUGAAACAUUCCCACUUCCAAAAACCCAAGAUUGGCAUGGACACGUUUAUCAUUAACCACUUUGCAGAUCAGGUGACGUACACCUCGGCUGGAUUCCUGGACAAGAAUCGUGAUGCUGUAUCUGAGGAACAUGUGAACAUCAUGAAGGCCUCUGAGUUUGAGCUGGUAGGAGAGCUGUUUGUGGACCUCACAGAGGAUACUGGGAAGGGCCGGGUACAAGCUUUACAGACUGGGCCAAGGGGUUCCUCUAAACAGAUGAAGAAAACAGUCGGAUCUCAGUUCCGGGAGUCGCUGACAUUGCUAAUGGAGACACUCAAUUCCACGUCACCUCACUACAUCCGAUGUAUCAAACCCAAUGAUCUCAAGGCCUCAUUUGUGUUUGAGCCCAAGAGAGCCGUGGAGCAGCUGCGUGCCUGUGGAGUCCUGGAGACAAUCCGGAUCAGCGCCGCAGGAUUCCCGUCUCGCUGGACCUACCCAGAGUUCUUCCAGAGAUACCGGGUGCUUGCAUUGUCUCGAGACAUCAACAGGAAAGAUUUCAAGAAAUCCUGCACAGUCGUGCUUCCAAAACUGAUACAGGAUGUAGACAAGUAUCGGUUUGGGAAGACAAAGAUAUUUUUCCGGGCGGGUCAGGUGGCCUACCUGGAGAAGUUGAGAGCCGACAAGUUGCGUGCCUGCGGUAUUAUGAUCCAGAAACAUGUGAGAGGCUGGCAGAUGAAGAACAAGUACAAGAGACUGAGGACUGCAGCCCUGGGGGUGCAGAGAUAUGGCCGCGGGAAACUGGCAAGAAGAUACGCCCAGUACCUGCGUGAGACCCGUGCAGCCACCACCAUUCAGAAGCACUGGCGGGGAUACAAGACUCGACGUACAUUCCACUCCGUACAACACGCCGUCGUCAAAAUACAGGCCGCUGUGCGAGGGUUCUUUGGUCGUCGUGCCUUCCAGAAGCGUCUGUACGAGUACAAGACCAGAGUCAUCCAGUCUCGAGUCAGAACAUUCCUGGCACGCAAACAGUUCCAGAAGGUACUAUAUGGUAUUGUCAAGGUUCAAGGUCACUUCAGGCGACGAAAAGCAAAGGAGGAGCUUAGGCUUCUGAAGAUCGAGGCUCGUUCAAUGGAGAACAUCAAGAACGUGAACAAGGGUCUGGAAAACAAGAUCAUCCAGCUUCAACAACAACUUGACUCCAGGAAAAAAGAAAAUCAAGACGUGGUUGAGAAACAGAACUCGGCAAUCAAAGCUCUGGAGGCAGAGAAAGACAGACUGCUUAUCAGCAGCACUGAGGGACAGAAGGCGUCCAACCGCUUGGCUGAACUCGAGAACGAGCUAAGACAACUACGCGCUGAGCUCGAGAGAGAAAGGGGAGAGAAACAGGACCUGGUGUCAGAGAAGGAGAUCUUAAGACAGAAAUACGAACAGGAUGUGGGUGUACUCAAAGCAGAAAACUCUUCGAUGAAGGAAGAACUGGAUGCUGCCAAUAGGAAACUGCAGGAACAAAUGAAAAUAUCCGCAACCACAGGUGGCAAUGAGAAGUGGGAGGAGCAGCGACGGAUGCUGAUAGCAGAGAUGGAGUCAGAGAGGCAACACCAUCAAAGGCUGGUCAAGGAACACAACCGGCUUCUGCAGAGAUUUGAAAACAUGCAAGGGGAGAUGCAGAUGCUGACCAGUCCCACUAAGGGCCACAAGCGGACACCGUCUGACAUCAGCCAACUGAGCAUGGAGUCUGUUGCAAGCUCGGUGUCACCUGACCAGAAAGAGGAGGAGGAGAAGGAUGACCAGGGCUAUGGCACAGAGAAGAAGAAACGUCAGGCCCCUACCCCACCCACUGCUGCUGCCAUGGAGAAACAGAUGAAAGAGGCCAAACCGUCUCCAUUGGCAACCGACAGUAUCCCUGAAAAAGAGGAUGCAGAAAAGACAUUGCCGCCCGCUGAUAUUGAUGUGGCCUUGAUUCUCAAACUGCAGAGACUGGUGAAAUCAUUGGAGAAGGAGAGGGAUACAAUCAGGAAGAAGUUUGAAGCCCUUGAAGAACAGGCCAAGGAGGGGACUGGGUUUGGGGACUCAGCCUUCAAAUCUCUCAAGCAAAUGUUAACAGACCAGAACAGUUUGUUACUUGGCAGCAACGCUUAUGAAAGUUUGAAGAUGCAGGAGCUUGAGAAUGAGAAUGACAAGCUGAAAAGAGAGGUUGCCAAGCUGAUGGAGUCCAUUGCCAAGACUACCAACUUCAACAAGGGAGCCAAGUCCACACCUGCUGGCAAGGAAUUCCUAGCUCGUAAGCUCAGUAUGCGCAGGAAACCAGACAAACAGGAAGAAGAAGCAGCCAAGACAUUUCACGACCAGUUUGAGGCUAUGACAGAUGAGCUGGAGCGUAGACGUGAGGAAUGCCUGCAGUUGAGGUCCCUACUUGCAGAGCGCAGCAUCUCCACCCACGCUGUUGCCAAGCAGUCGUACGGAGGUCAGGACGAGAUGGUCAACGAGGACAAUGAGCUCACUAUGGCCUACAAGUCACAACGGGACAUCAUCAGAUUGUUGGAGCAGCAGUUGCAGAAGACAGAGAAGGAGUUGAAGAGUCGCACAUCAGAGUAUGAGGCUGAGUUACAGGACUUGAGGAGGGAGAAUGACAAGCAGAACAAACUCAUACAACAUUCGCUGUCCCUCACAUCUGAAGCCAAGAUAGAGGCUACAAUGCAGCAUGAGAUCACGAGACUUACCUCAGAAAACCUGGACCUCAGAGAGAAGGUAGAUCAGCAAGAGGAGCAGAUCAGAAAACUGAAGAAGAUGUUAAAGGUUUAUGCAAAGAGACUGAAGGAAGGGGAGGCGGCAGAAAUCCAGGCAGAGCUGGAGAAGGAGGAGACAAAGAGUGUGGAGAACGUGGCCCACAUUCGACAUCGGGAGAGAAACUACAUGGGUAUGCUGGAGUACAAGAAGGAGGAGGAGACACCUGUAGUCAAGGCUCUUAUACUUGAGUUGAAGCCUAAGGUGGCCACAUGUCUCCUGCCAGGGCUACCUGCCUACCUACUGUUCAUGUGUGUACGACACACUGACUUCAUCAACGAUGAUGAGAAAGUCAGGUCUUUCCUGACUAGCACGAUCAAUGGAAUCAAGAAGGUCGUCAAGAAACACCAUGAUGAUGUAGAGCGUGUGACCCUCUGGCUGGCCAACACAUGCCGGUUCCUGCACACCCUGAAGCAGUACAGCGGAGAGAAACAGUUCCAGACGGAGAACACCCCGAGACAGAACGAGCACUGCUUGAGAAACUUUGACCUCUCUGAGUACAGACAGGUGUUCAGUGACCUUGCCGUGUGGAUAUAUCAGACGUUGAUCAAAAACAUGGAGGCUACCAUACAGCCGUCUAUAGUGCCUGCAGUUUUGGAACACGAGGCCAUUGCUGGAUUGACAGGUAGCAAACCUAGCGGUCUGAGAGGUAGAAGUUCCAGUAGAGCAGAGGAUACACCAGAAUACUCACUGGACAGUCUCAUGAAAUCUAUGAACCUGUUCUUGCGGGUGCUGACACAGCAUGCAGUGGACCCUGAACUGAUCAAGCAGAUCUUCAGACAGGUCUACUACUUCUUGGGAGCAAGCGCCCUUAACAACCUCCUGCUGAGAAAAGACAUGUGCAACUGGUCCAAGGGCAUGCAAAUCAGAUACAACCUGUCCCACAUGGAGCAGUGGUUGCGUGACAACAAGCUGCAGGAGUCUGGCGCUGGUUCCAGUUUAGAGCCGAUCAUCCAGGCCUCCCAGCUGCUGCAGGCCCGCAAGACAGACUCAGACGUAGACAGCGUGUGUGAUAUGUGCUCCAAACUAACAGUACCACAGAUUGUUAAGAUUUUGAACCUCUACACGCCAGUAGACGAGUUUGAAGAACGUGUUCCGAUCUCGUUCAUUCGCAAGAUCCAGCAAAAGUUAAAGGAAAGGGAGAGCACUGAUACCUCGCUCCUCAUGGACCUCAAGUUCUCGUACUCUGUUACCUUCCCUUUCAACCCUUCCAGUAUCGCCCUAGAGACCAUUGAGGUGCCAGAACAGCUUAAUAUAGCAAAACUAGUUGUUAGGUGUUAGCUGCAGCCUGGGAACACUCCUUGGGCAACUUAUUCUUAUAUUAUUAUAUAUUCUGCCAAACGUCACAACAUUGUUAAGUAUCUACAAAUGUUAUGUACCAAGGGGUAUGCAUGGAUAUGUUGUAUGGUGUAUUUUUAUACCCCACUUCGAAGAAGAGGGGUAUAUUGCUUUGCACAUGUCUGUCGGUCCGUCCACCAGGUGGUUUCCGGAUGAUAACUCAAGAACGCUUGGGCCUAUGAUCAUGCAACUUAAUAGGAAGAUUGAUCAUGAUUCGCAGAUGACCCCUAUUGAUUUUGAGGUCACUAGGUCAAAGGUCACUGUGACUCGAAAUGGUCAAAUGGUUUUUGGAUGGUAACUCAAGAACGCAUACGCGGCCAACAGGGCGAACUCUGAACAAUAUAACUGAAGCAACUGGUCUGUAAUCCUAAAUCUAUAAUUAUCAGUCCAAUGAAACAUCAUCAUUUGAGUAAAAUAAAGUGGAUCAGUAAAAAUAUUAUCAGAAUAUGAGAUUUGUGUGUAUAUUUUGUAUAUUAAAUAUUGUGUUAAUGUUUAAUUUUGUUGAUUAAUAUAAAUAUAAGCAGGACAGGGGAGGUAAAACACUAUUAUAUCUUUCUUAUAUACAGGGGAAACAAAUGCAAUAAGUUUAAUUUUCAUGUUUAAUAAAUAGAGGAUAUUUGUUUAUGUCAGUGUGAGAUCAUUUGUUGUUUUUUUCAUUGUCCCUUGACAUAUUUCUUUUAUAUUUUGCGUACUUAUUUACCAUCAUCACCCCAACCUAUAAACAAGAGCAGACAACUCUAUCAAGCAUUUUGUCAUAAUUAUUGCCCCUUUUAUACUUAGAAUAUGCAUAUCUUUGAUAAAUCUAUGUUAAAGUUUGCGUACUACCCCAAAUAUUUCCUAUAUCCUUUGACAUAUUGCUUUUAUAUGUUGCAUACUUGUUUACCAACAUGACCCCAACCUAUAAACAAGAGCAUAUCACUGUAUCAAGCAUUUUGAAAUAAUAAUGGCCCCCUUUACACUUAGAUAAUUGAACAUUUUGCUUAAAUUGCCAUAACUUCUUUAUUUAUGAUCACAUUUUAUUAUUACUCUUUGACAAAACAACACUUACCUGUAUACCACAAUGGAUUCCACACAAACAAUACCCCACACCCCUACCAGAAUCCCUUCCCCCCCCAAACCUCACCCCCCCCCAUUUUUUUUUUAAACAUC